CUGUUGUCUCUAAAUAUCAAUUCACUCUUCUUCAACCUUACUUAACUAUUUCAUUCCAUCACUUGAAGCAAAAUUGUGUUCAUGUGAAGGACUAUAUAUAGGCUUAUUGAGGAGUCACAUAGAAGGCUUCGUUUGGUUAAUUCACAUUUUUAAAGGACUAAAAUGGAGGCAAGUUUGGUGGAUCAGGGUAGAGAAAGAGUUGGGCAUGUUAACAAAGUUGGUUAUGUGAGAAGGGUCAUUGCCAAGAAGAGGAAACCUUAUCGCAGGGUUAAGAGGCCAGUUUUGACCGUUCCAAAGGCACUUAGGGAGCUAUUUGAUUCAUGCAGAGAAACCUUCCGAGGCCCGGCUGGCACUGUUCCUUCACCACAACAUGUUCAGAAAAUGUGCAACAUCCUUGAUAACAUGAAGCCAGAAGAUGUGGGUCUAAGUAGAGAUCUGCAAUUUUUCAAGCCUGGAAAUAUAAUCAAACAGAACCAAAGGGUCACAUACACAACCGUGUACAAGUGUGACGAUUUCUCGCUCUGCAUCUUUUUCCUACCUGAAAGAGGAGUCAUUCCUCUUCAUAACCACCCGGGCAUGACUGUUUUCAGCAAGCUUCUAUUAGGAGUAAUGCACAUUAAAUCCUACGAUUGGGUUGAUCCUGAAUCCUCUGACAACACGUUGCAGCAACCAUCUAAAUUGAGAUUGGCGAAAUUAAAAGCUGAUAAGGUGUUCACAGCACCGUGUGACACUUCUGUGCUGUAUCCAACGACAGGAGGCAACAUCCAUGAAUUCACAGCCAUAACUCCAUGUGCUGUGCUUGAUGUCAUUGGACCUCCUUAUUCCAAAGAAGAUGGCCGAGACUGUUCCUACUACAGAGAUCACCCUUAUGCUUCUUUUCCUAAUGAAAGGAUGGGUGAGGUGAAAGAGGAAAAAGAUAGUUACGCGUGGUUGGAAGUAAUUGAGAUGCCAGAGAAUUCUCAAAUGGAUGGCAUUGAGUAUCUGGGUCCUCCCAUUACUGAGACAACCUUUUAGUUUCAAUCAAACAUGUAUUCUACUGUGUACUAACUCUCUACCCACAUAAUAUACAGAAAAUUUCCAACACGAAACCUUUGUGUCCAUAUUCAAGGAAUGAAUGCACGUGUUGGCUUUUUGUUCUUUAGUGUGCUUAAAUAUUUCGUUGAAAGUGUAGCUAUAAUAAUUCCUUCAUUUUU